CUGCUGCUGCUUCGUCGAGGUAAUCUCCUGCUGCUGCACAUCAUCUCCUCCCCCAGAUUAGAUAACUGCCUGUCUGCGUCGUCUCUCCUCUUUUCGCUAUCCCCUCUCUCUCCCGUCAAGCUCCUCCUCCCCAAAGACUCUGCCCAUCGCCCUCUGCCCACCAUGACCUUAUUUGCCUCGUGUCUCUAAGCCUCCUCCAUUUCGCUCUUGUCUCGUUUCCACGACUGCGUAGCGUUUUCCCACGCCCCGCUAGUGUCACCCCACCAUCGCUUCCUCGCUCCUCGUUGUGUCUUGGAGCCGCAUUCGAGGCCUGCUACGACUCUUGUUGCUGCUACAAAGUCCAAAACAAGAGAGAUACGAUCAUCCUUGACAGCGAUCUCUGGUUAGAUCGACCUGUGUGCAUACAAGUGCCAUCUUUGCCCUUCCAGCCGCCCGCGAUGAACCAAGAUUUUACUGCCAGCUGCGCGGUGUGCGGCGGUCCUGGCGAGCCCGAUUGCCCGUGUGAGGGAGAGCGGUUACAGCAAUGCAUCGACCAAGCCGAGAAGAAUUGGAUAGAAUCCUGGGUCUCCAAAAUUCGGGAAUGGGCCACCAACAACGCCAUCAACGCCGUCACCUCCAUGUUCAACAAGAAGAAGGAGGCUCGUAAGGAGAUGUUCAAGCAGCAGGUCUUGAGCAUUCCCUACUUUCCCAUGUACCAACAGCACCGUGGUCGCCCGCCACUGGACCCACAUAUCGUCUACAAUAUCCAACACAACCUGCGUCAAGCUGAAAUCCGUCUAAAGGAAGGCAUUGACUACGACUGGAAGCAAUGUGUCAUGCGCUAUCCCGACGUGCUCGCCCACUAUUACAACCAGAUCAAGAUGACGUUGCCGCCGCAGCCCGAGUCACCCUUUGGUCAAGCCCUCGCUAGCGGAGGCCAACCGCGUCCUCCCUCCGUGGUAAAUCCGCCACCACCAGCAUCUUCAGUCGGCAUGAGCAUUAACCGCGCUGCGACCGCACCACCCAAAAAGAAUCGGGACCGCCGCUCCUCUAAGGUUGGCUUGCCUGAGGGCAUCAAUGAAGAUGCCAUCGGCGUGCUGACCGCCCAACUCAACGGACUGCAGAGCGGCCCAGGAGGUCUCGGUCGGGCCAAUAUGCUUCACGGUAGGACCAAGGCUGCCACACCGGCACCGCAAUCGACGGCUCCGCCACCGCCUCGCUCUGUACGCCCCGGCACUAAGCGUCGCGAGAGCAAAGAGUAUCCAAAGGGCUUCGGGCCACCGCCCCACGUUCCAAACCCGCCAAACUACGACCAAUUGCGCAAUUCACUCUUCAGUGCAUUCGGCCGACAGUGAGACGUGCACUGUCACUUCCGUAUCGGCACGAUGGCCAUGCAUAAAUAGCGGCGUCGGAUUAUCACUUCUCUCUUCAUCAUUUCGUUCUACGGCAUAGCGUGGCUUUUUCUUUUUCUUUUUCUUUUUUUUUUUAUUUUCUUUCUGCCAAAGACUACUAAGCUUAAUCUAUCAUCUGCGAACAACGGAUUGGGCGGUAAACUUUGUUGUUUUUGCUUGUUGUGCGUACAUGCGUCUGUGCAUGAGUUUGGAUUGAUGCAAGACUCAUAAUAACGCACAACAUGCCUACAUGAGCACACACAUAUCUACGCGCGUGUGGUCCUUACGUUUCGCCACGUAUCAUCUUUUCUUCCUUCCUUUCCCGAUUCAGAUUCAGCUGCAGCUCUAUAUCAAAUUGUACAAUCAGGUGCGCUUGUCUCAUGGGCUUGUAUGUGGCUCCUCGGGGAUCAAAAAGACAAAUUGCUGCUCGUCGCCUUUGUUCUUAGCGUUCUUAGCAUGGAGUUCGCUUUGGGUACUGGCCUGCUCUUAACUUCAUUCUUCCCUCAACCUGUUAUCCUUGUUGCUCUUUUACAUACUUUUUUUUUUCUGUAUGAGAAGGGUAGACAUUGCUGGAAGCAACCGGAAGGGGGGGAUUUCUGGAAUCGCCACUUUGUCACUGCACUGGCUUCCUUUUUCAAUAUCUUCUUGAAUAUUUUCCUUUUAAACUUCAGGAGAGAUGGGGCAUAUUGGACAAAAUUGAACUUUCUGCCGGAUCAUGCCGCUUGUGGGAACGGCAAACUCCACAUACGCGAAGACAGACAUUAUUUGACAGUAUUUAAUGAUACCAAUGACCUCACGGCUUACCAGUGCAUUGUACAGCGAUAUGUCAUUCCGUGAUGUGGAGUUUUUAAAGGAACACGGAGGGACAUCUGAACCUCGUACUGUGUUUUUAGACUCUGAGCGGUGAACAAUUUUCAUGGCCUUGACUCGCCCUCUA